UUUUGCAGCCGCAAAUGUUGUGAUUGCAAGCUUUGAACUUGUUGUAGGGCGUUCACAGUCUGAUCAGGCCGUCUGUGCCGUCCAAUUCGGGUGGCGUAACCAGCAUUGAAGCUCUUGAGUUCAGGGAUUGCAGGGCGGGCACGGGAAGCGGCACACGGACGCAAGGGCGGGCUUUGGGUAGGGCGGCAGGAAUCACCAAAGCAAGCGCUGUAGAGUAGUUCAGAUAGCAGCAUACCAUCAAAGGUUCCCUAAAUCUGAGCGGAAGACUUUCUUGAUAGCCUAGACUUUAGCCUAGCUGUUGUAGUUGUUUCUGUCACUGAGUCGUAUCACCAACGAUGCGUCCUAUUUCUGCAAGCUCAUAAGUUUUGUCGUUGGUUGUGGACCGCAGACCACCGCACUUCACAUCAGACCGAUGUUCCGAGCGCAAGAUAUGUUAAACAAUCUUUGAAAUCUGGAUCCUUCUUUGAUAUUCAAUACGAUGCUGUCAGCGGCCCGCCGGCUCGAGCUUCUCGUCCCGUGUGCGCCUCUCCCCCUUCUCGGCCCUACGGCACGGCACAGCAAUCCUCAGCACCGCCGGAUUCAUCAGACUUGGACUUGCGCAAUGAGCUCUCAAAACAAUGGAAGCCCCCCCAAGCUGGACACUUCGGUGAAGCCUCCCUGUCCAGUGAUGGAUCCUGGAAUUGAAGCAUUGGUGCAAGCGAUACAUGCAACACCCAUGCGUGCAAUGCUGCUAUUCUCAGGUGGAGCUUCUCAGGCCCUCAGCUGGCUUCUCUCAGUUCCUGGGGCUUCAAGUACUCUGCUGGAGGCAACAACACCAUACUCAAGAAGAGCCCUCCAUUUGGCUCUUGGCAAGGAGCCAGAGCAAUUUGCGAGCCAGGCAACAGCCAACGAUAUGGCCCUGAAGGCCUACAACAGAGCGCUUAUGUUGGCAGGACCUGGUGUCCCGGUUGCUGGGAUCGGUUGUACCUGUGCGAUUGUCUCUGGGGCCCCAAAGAGGGGCGACCACCGGUGUUUUGUGGCCGCGCGCACCCAGGAACGCACGUGGGAGGCCGGCAUGUUCCUCGACAAGGGCCUCCGAGACCGCCUCGGGGAGGAUGACGUCACCAGCAGGCUGCUCCUGCAGGCGAUCGCAAACGCCAGCGGCGUCCCCCGCCACCUGGACCUCCGCUUGACCGACUCCGAGGCGCAGCGUCUCCAAUGGUCCACUCGGUCUUUCUCCCGCGACGAGCAACUCGAGCAGCUCUUGCGGCGCGAGGUGCCGUUCGUAACGUUUCUCCCCGAGGGCCUGAGCUUGGAGGGGAAGCGGCGCGUGAUCCUGCCCGGGUCGUUUAACCCGCUGCAUGAGGGACAUCUCGGGAUGAUGGAUGCGGCGUGCAAGUUGGUUCGUAACCCCGCCCCCUGCUUCGAGCUAUCGGCCACAAACCCUGACAAGCCGGCGCUUCCCGUAGACGAGAUCCGACGGCGAGCAAAGCAGUUUGAAGAUAGAGGCUCGAUGCUGGUCGUGACGGACGCGUCCCUCUUCACACGCAAGGCCCAGCUGCUUCCGGACAGCACCUUCGUGGUCGGAGUCGAUACCGCCAAGCGGCUCUUCAUGAAAAAGUACUACGACGACAGCCGUGCAAACAUGAUCCGAGAACUGUCUCAAAUGCGGGAGAACGGGUGCGACUUUGCCGUCGCUGGGAGGGCUCUUGGGGAAAAUGGAUUCGAGCGUCUCGAAGACAUCGAAGUUCCUCACGAAGUUGCGGACAUCUUCAAAGCGAUCCCGGAUUUUAGAAUGGAUAUCUCUUCCACCGAGCUCCGAAAGAAGCUCCAAAACGCUGCUCCGAAAGGAUGAAGCUCGUAUGCUGUGCUCUAUUUGGUAACUACUUGGACGCCGAAUCUGUUGUCCCACUUCUCAUGGGCGUGUCGAAGUUGCAAGUCAGUAUCGUCGUUCACUGUAAUGUGCC